AUGCGGUGCCCCACCCUGCUGGCCCUGCUGGCAGGGGUCAUGCUAUACCUGGUGAUAGGGGCGCUGGUGUUCCGGACCCUGGAAAGCCCCCAGGAGAGCAAGGAGCACGAGAAGCUGCUCCGUACCACACGUGACUUCCUCCAAAACCACUCCUGUGUCACCGCACAGAACCUCAGCGAUCUCAUCAUGAACACAGACCCCAGAUGUAGCCCUAGUCUGUCUGUUCUGUCUCUGUACUGUCAGAGUGUGGUGAAGGCUGUGGAGGCGGGCCUGGAUGUCAAACACAGCUCCACCAACUUCACUAGCAGGUGGGACCUGGCCAGCGCCUUCUUCUUCUGUGGUACCAUCAUCACCACCAUCGGGUUUGGCAACCUGUCUCCCAGGACCAAAUGGGGCCAGCUGUUCUGUGUGUGUUAUGCCCUGGUAGGGAUCCCUAUGUUUGGUUUCCUGCUGGCUGGUGUCGGGGACCACAUGGGGACGGGACUGAGGAAGGCCGUGUGGAAGAUGGAGACACUCUUCCUGAAGCGGCGGGUCAGUCCCACUUAUGUGCGGGUCAUGUCUGCUGUUCUGUCCAUCCUGAUUGGCUGUCUGAUCUUCCUCGCCGUGCCAACGCUGGUGUUUAAGGAAGUGGAGGACUGGUCCUUUCUGGAGGCGCUCUACUUUGUGGUCAUCACCCUGACCACGGUCGGCUUCGGAGACUAUGUAGCAGGUGCUAACCGGCGGGACGGAGAUCUGUUUAAGCCCCUGGUGUGGCUCUGGAUAGUGUUUGGCCUGGCUUACUUUGCUUCCAUACUCACCAUGAUCGGCAACUGGCUGCGGGUGCUGUCCAAGAAAACACGUGCUGAGAUGGAGGAGUUGAGGGCCCAUGCUACAGACUGGACACAGAACAUCCAGAACAUGUCCAUGGACUUCCGGAUCCCCAACCCUCUGGAACUCAACGACCCCUUCCUGCUGCAGCGGCGCCGCUGGAGACGCAGCACCCGGCAACGGGUCCGCAGGGGGGCGCUGGGGCACCGCGGCAGGCAGGGCGCCAUAGAGGAGAACGGACAUCUGCCCAAUAGGUGGGUCACACGCUCCAUGACCCGUCUGGAGGUCGUGAGGUUAGGGGGGGGUGAGGUUAGGACUGAAGGGGUGAGGUUAGGACCAGGGAGGGGGCUAGGGGUAGGUUUGAGGGCAGAUUGCAGGGUCAAUGCGAGGUCAGAGGGCCGGACGGUUGCGAGGUCACUGUCGAUGCCUUCGGCACGCUCCGUGAUGGAGUUAGACUAUGACCCUGAUCCUGUUGCGAUAAUGAUGAUGCCAUGGGAGUCGGGCUCUGUGUCCGAGUCUCCAGAGUCUGACUCCAGAUCAGUUGUCUCCUCCUCUGACUCUCACACCUCUGACAUGUGUAUGCCAGGGCGGAGGAUGCCUUUUGCUAGUUUUGACCCCAGUGGGUCUCUCUGUACUGAACAGAGGGGACGCCAUGGAGGAUCCAGGCUGGUAUAUUUCAAGGAGGAUGUCCGGUUCCCUGUGCCUCUCCGGCAACAACCCAACUCCACCAUGCCGCUCCCCAUGCCGCUCCCCAUGCCCCCUUUGCCCACCCCGCCAGGCUGUAAGAUGCUAGAUUUCUUCGGGGAGAACUUGGCCUACAUCGACGAGUCGUCGGACACGCUAAGUGACCGGAACCAGACGGUUGAGGGAGGUGUCAGUCCUCGUCCGCGGAUACACCGCAUGAGGAGGCAGCUGAAGGAGAGGAGGGACAGCGACAUGCAGCCCCCCUCUAACCCGCCGACUCCUCCCCCUCUUUCCCAUCUCAGAGACUGA